UAUUUAUUAGUAGCCUUAAAAUUGUUAAAUAAAAUAAAAGCCCUGAAGAAUAUUUCUUAAGAGAGUUAAGUUACUUAUAUUCUCAAAGGACAUUUUAUGAGAGUAGGUCUAAUGCAAAGUCUAGUCAAAAAGCUUUUAAUCUCAUUUCACAUUAGAAUUAUAAGAAACGUACCUUUUGUAUUGUAUAUUAUAUAUACAAGUCGUCUGAGUAGACGGCUUUAAUAAAUUCAUACUCUUUUUGUUUAUUCUAUUGAAGUACGAAUGUCAUAGCCAUUUAAAUAACUUUAACUUCAUAAAGAGAUAGUAAUGUUCGUGUAUGCUUUAACGCUGAAACGUACGACAAAUUUAUCUGAAACUAGCUGUUGCUGGCGGGCCCAAAUUGAUUACUGAGACUAAAACGGCUUAAAUAAGGGAGAGCAAUGAGAAGCCUAAUAAUUAAAGAGAAAACUGAUACUAGUAAGAUACUAGCUACACUAGCAAGAGAUAUGCCUGAGUGAAAUAUUGAAAGUAGACAAUACUAAAAACGUAACCAUUUAAUGAGUUAUGAAUGCUUUUACUAAUGAAUAAAAAAUGAAAACCUCUGUCAAAUGAAAGUUGACCUUGAAACAUUUCAUACCCCAUGCUCAAAGAAAAUCAAUUUUCAAGGCCUUUACUAAAACUCUUGGGGGAAAUAAGUAAUAUUGAAAGAUUUAUUAACCCUUAUUAUGAAAGUUUUAGGAAAUCCAUCAGCUUUCGUUCGGAAAUAAUUACAGUAAUGUCGUUUUUAAAUUAUUACAUCUUGCGGAGUUUAAUACAUUUUGUACUAUAAAGCAAUACCGAAAUAGUUCUGUUUCUAAUACGCUAAUAUUUUUAAAUUAUAUGAUUAUGUCAUUUUGAGACACAAUUAAGACAUAUCGUUGUUUUUUUACCGAGUUUUCAUAAGAUAUUGAUGAAAAGAUUCAUUAUUUAAACAGUUAAAAAUGUCCCUACUAUUACUCUCGGCAAAUUCUCGUGGGAAUAUUAAUAGGCCUUACGCACCCAAAUUUACGUUCGAAAGCAUUUUUAAUCUAUUAAUAGUAUUCGUUUACAAGUAACCAAUGACCUACUUAUAGUAAUUGGUUUACUCGCAUGAAAUUGAGGCUAGCGUGCAUACCUAUAAUACGAUUAUAUAGAUUAAUCUAGUAAUACUGUUAGUUGUCAUUAAGUACCUUCUUGCUCGCUGAAUUCAGAAGUGAUUGUUUAAAAUUUUGCGUGCACAAUUAUUAUUUUUAUUGGAUAAAAGGGUAAUAAUUGAGUGUCUUCGAAUUCGCGGGAUUAUUUUUGUUUGUUUCGGCCAGUGACAUACGUAGAAUUGUUGGGUUAUUUAUAAAAAAAAAUAACGUCAUCGUUGUUUAUGAACUUUAAGUAAGUAAUAGAUACCAUCAAAUAAAUCAAAAGUUGUAAUAAUGAGAAGCAAUAUAUGUGGUUCUAUUUCUGGACAUGUUUGCAUUAAAUAACAUCAUGUUACAAAAUUAGUUUCGUCAGCAUUGUCUUCAAAUGUAUUUCCUGCACGCCUGACCUACCAAAACCAGACAGUUGCAUGUUUAUUUUGAUACGAACACCUUCGUUCCUUUUGAUAGACGGUUCUCGAGCAUGGCGUUUGACGACGAAACGAGAAACAGAAUUCUAUCUCCCUCACACUUAUAGGAUUAUUGAAAAUAUGGUGAGCUUUUUCAAUCAUGCACCGGCUUCAGGAACAGCAGGAAAGCUUUCAGUCCGCGUUUGAGCGGCAGGGCGCGCGGACGUCAAGCCACGCCGCCCAUCUACUUGCCGCGAUAUUUGAAAGCAUUCGUACGGACGUUUUGUUUUGCAUUCAGAAUUGAAGUUGCGAGUGUAUAUUUGAAUAUUAUUACACAGUUGCUGGUAAAUCGGCAGCUGACUUUAGUCAUUCGAAUAAAAUUCAACUUUUGUCGAUCGCUCGAUCUCAAGUGAAUACGUUUGUGAUUAUUUGAUGUAGAAAGUUUAUUUUCGUCUUACCGUGUAUGUGUAUUCAUAAUUCCGAAUAUAGCCAAAUAUUAGAGCAAGCCACGCAUAGUUUCCUGCACUAGACUGUAGCCACCCUUCGGUCCAAACGAGUGACUUAUUCAACUGCUAAUAUCAAUUCUUCAUAUCCUAAACUAAUUGUAAAUAUAUUUUUUAACGAUAUUGUGAAACUGGUACGUGGACCAAAGUUCUGGAUAUAAGUGCUUGAGUGUAGUGCUUUGUGUAAAUAUUGCGUUUUAAAGCUAAAAUAUCGGUGUAGUUAGUUCGGUUAAAGUUAUCAACAGCGAAGACUAAUUGGUAUCGAUUUUUCACAUACCUACGCAAGUUUGCUUGGGAGAGAAUUAAGCAACGAAAACUUGGUCUGAGGAAAAUAAGACAAAAAUGUCGGCACCGACAACUGACAGUACGGAAGCAAUCACAAAUUCAGGCUACGGCAGCAGCGACGAGACCGCCAGCCUUCUCGUCACCGGACCUUCUGUUACCGUCAUAAUACCAUCUGAAAACAGAACCGUCAAACCAGUUCUUCAAAGACAAGACUGCACUACUCACUUGCGGCCACAACUGUCAGGCGGGCCCGGUAGCGAGGAAAGCGCAACUUCCAUCAGAAUGGAAGACGGAUCGGCAAGAAGCGUCCCUGACAUAGAGUUACAAUGUCGCGAUCUACCGGCUGACCGACCUCAGACACUAGUCUCUCCCGUAGCGGCAUGCUCGCAUAGAGGGUCAGUGACCGCGUGCCAGUUAGUUCCACAAACUUACUCUAGAUGUCGUGUCUGCGAGCGGCGACAAUCUACAGCGCCAAUAUCGGCAUUACAACUAGCGCGCUCUGUGUCGCGGGAAAGCGUUCGCUCGGCAUUGCACUACCCUUGCGGCUGUAGUUCACUUCACGCUGUUAGUACGUGUCCGGUGAUACAACCCCCGGCGCUACUGUUGCCUACAACUAGUACGAGAAUUAUCCGCCAGAGUUCGCAACCCGAGUCUAGCGCAUGCGCGGCGCACUGCCCUCAUCACGCCCACCACCACCCCAGCGCCUCUCUGCGACAGUUGCGAGAACCCGGGGAUGGUAUUGCUGGCAUCGCGGCCGACUCCCUGCGAAUCAAUGGCGGCAUGCGCCCUUUCAAACAGCUGCGGAAGCCGGUGUCGACGCUCUCGAUCCCGGGCGCGAUGAAGGCUUACUCGGGGGGAGGGAGGGACGCGGGCGGCGAGGAGGCCGGCGUCGCACUAGUCGGCGUGCACAGCGAGUACCCGCGCUUUGGCGAAGAACGAGCGCUUGGCGGCGGCACGUACAAGGGCGGGGGGACGGCUAAGCACAAACCCAAUAUAGGAUAUAGAUUAGGUAGAAGAAAGGCGUUAUUCGAAAAAAGGAAACGAAUAAGUGAUUACGCUUUAGUAAUGGGAAUGUUUGGUAUAAUAAUUAUGGUUAUAGAAAAUGAACUUUCAAGUGCUGGUGUAUAUACUAAGGCGUCAAUAUAUUCGCAGGCGUUGAAGACGCUUAUAUCAAUGUCGACUGUGAUUUUACUUGGCCUAAUCGUCGCGUAUCACGCUUUAGAAGUACAGUUAUUUAUGAUAGACAACUGCGCUGAUGACUGGCGGAUAGCAAUGACUUGGCAGCGGAUAGCACAAAUUGGCCUUGAACUGGCUAUCUGCGCCGUCCAUCCUAUCCCUGGACAAUACACUUUUACCUGGACCACUAAACUUGCUAACAAAGGCGGUGUCAUCGGCGUUGAAGUUGCCACGAUGUAUAAGCAAAUUCAGGUUCCUUAUGACGUCACCCUGUCUCUACCGAUGUUCUUUCGACUCUACUUAAUAUGCAGGGUCAUGUUGCUUCACAGUAAACUAUUUACGGACGCUUCUUCAAGAAGUAUAGGAGCUUUAAACAGAAUUAAUUUUAACACUAGGUUUGUCUUGAAGACGCUGAUGACAAUUUGCCCCGGCACCGUGUUACUAGUUUUUAUGGUAUCUCUUUGGAUAAUCGCUAGCUGGACGCUGCGACAAUGCGAAAGGUUUCACGAUGAAGAACACGCUAACCUACUGAAUGCGAUGUGGCUUAUUGCGAUUACGUUUCUCUCCGUCGGUUUUGGUGACAUAGUGCCAAACACAUAUUGCGGCAGAGGUAUCGCUGUUAGCACCGGCAUUAUGGGGGCGGGAUGUACAGCAUUAUUAGUGACCGUUGCUUCGAGAAAGUUAGAGUUAACUAGAGCGGAGAAACAUGUCCAUAACUUCAUGAUGGAAACCCAGCUAACGAAAAAGCUGAAAAAUGCAGCUGCCAACGUGCUUCGGGAGACGUGGUUAAUAUACAAACACACGAGACUCGUGAAACGGGUCCAUCCGGGCAGAGUGAGGACGCACCAAAGAAAGUUUUUGUUAGCCAUUUAUGCAUUGCGGAAAGUGAAGAUGGAUCAACGAAAGCUGAUGGAUAAUGCCAACACAAUCACAGACAUGGCAAAGACCCAGAAUACAGUCUAUGAGAUUGUUUCGGACAUGAGUACGAGGCAAGACACCAUUGAAGAGAGGCUGACUAGUUUAGAAGAAAAACUUACUUCAUUACAGGAACAAGUGAACACUUUACCCGACGUCAUGGCUCGGUGUUUGCAGCAGUGUUGGGAACGGGCGGAGCAAAGAAGGAAUUUCCUUCAUCCCGACACUGCUGCUGUGCCCACUCCGCCAUCAUCUACUAUUACUCCUUACACAAGGACGCUGGCAACAGCGUCACACCCGUGGCCUCCCAGUCCGGUGCUCCAGCCGGCGGCGCGCACGCACUCAGCUCCCGAGAGCACGACCACGCACACGCCGUCCCCGGCGCAGGUGCAGCCCACCAGCCCCGCGCCCCACGCCGCGCGCCCGCCGCUACCCAGCUGAGUACCGCCCUCCAACUCCGAACUCCUGUGCUGAACUCGACGAAACUCGGCGCCCGUCCUCUGACCCCCCCUUCAAAACUAUGCCCCAAAGAGGUUGCCGGAGAAAUUGUUUUACUACGGAAGACAGAGAUUUGAAGAUACCAGUUCAAUGAACGCAUUGCAUGAGAAAUUUUAAGUUUACACCGCCAUUUUUUUGGACGCUCUCAUACAGCACGCGAUUUAAAUCUGUAAUAUAAAAGCCAAUUUGUUUCCACUUGAUCUCAAUAAAACUGCAAAUCAAUAUGAAAUAAUAAUGUAAAGAUUUGUAUUUUUAUAACGAAAGCAUCUUUUCUCGUUUAUUGAAACUAUUUUCGAUAUCUUUAUCUUACGUUGGUGAUGAAAGGUAAAGUGAAACGAUUCUCCCGGCCUAUCGAAGGACCACGCCGGUGCGAGACCAGGUCAGCCGUAGUUUUCUUCGCUGUUCCCCAAAGUUUCGGAUGUGCCAGACUGUUUUCCAGUGAUAUUGUUUAGAUAGUGAAAAGAAAUGACGCGGUACGGACCUGCUGUUGUGAUUAUACAAAAUGCUUUAUCGAUAGACGCUUUAGCUAAGUACGUUAGACGAUAUUUUGAAUACAUUAUCAGCAUUAGUAUAGGUAGUUAUUACCUACACGUCUGUUCACGUUUUAUCUAAUGUUCGAGGAACCAAUAACACUGUUUUAUAUACUGAGUGUGUUUUUACUAAGGUUUUUUGUGAAUGCCACCGAUAUUGAAACAUUGAGAAGUCUUUGGAAACGAAUUUAAAAUUAGUCACUUUCAUAGAUUUCUUAAUGUAUAGACACAUAGUACAGUAAACUAAUAGUGACUAAUAAAUUAAUAGAUAUCACAUAGAUAAUGCAUUUAUAUGAUGCAGUCGGUAAGUAAACGGACUGCAUAGGCAUUUACAAGUACACAUAGUGGUCACUAUAGAUUGGUUUCGGUUCCUUAAUUAUUUACCAUUAUAUGGACGAUUAACACCAUUCGGAAUAAUUAUCACAAUGACAGAUUAGAUACAAAGUAAAGCUUGAGAAUUAUAAAUGUCAUCAUCGAUGGUCUUUGCAUGUAUGGUGGAAAAUGCAUAUUUUGUACAAACCAUGAAUAUAACGGACCGGGGUAUCUGCUUUAUAUUUUAAACGCUCUAUAAAACAAAGUUAUAUAGAGGAAAAUAAAUAAACAUUGUUUCUAUAGAGACAUUGGUAUUAUAAAUUUUAUGGUCAGAUAUCGGUCACGUUGUAUUUGGUUUCAUAAGCUUAGGACAUUUUCAUAUUAACGAUUCAAAAUCCAUCGAUGAAGACCGUUUAAAAUUCAAAGAAGAACCUGUAUACACACUUUUAGAUAUUUAAUUAAUUAGGUAAAUUGAAUUGUUACUACCUGCCUAUUGACAUGUAGAUUGUAAACAAUUUUUUCUAAGAACUAGAUUAAGUAAAGCUUUGUAUAAGGAAUAAGAUUGAUGGCUGUCUAAAUAGUGCCUAAAACACUACGAAAUUUCGAUAAUUCAGUUUUAUUAUCUUAAUAACUUAUAAUUGUAUAUAGAUAAAAUAAAUAAUGAGAGCGUAAUACUUAGUGAAUAUUUGAAUUUUGUAGAUGUACGCGUUGUAAGAUGGGAUCAAUUUGUUUUCACACUGUUUUCGUUGGUUCCCUUCCCUUUGAACAAAUGUCUUUUGUUAUCUCUAUAGUCUAAGAGUACUAAGCAUUGGACGUAAGUAACAACUGUCAUGGACUUUGCUCAAACAAAUCUGCUUAGGAGUUUUGUUAAUUAAUUAUUAAAAGCACGCAUGUUAAUGAUAGACCAAUGUUGUAAUAAUAUGCUAUUAAACUAAAUAGACUACUUGUAUUUACUUAUUUAUAUUCGUUGAUGUGUCAAAACUCUUAGAUAUGAAAUUACUAUCUUAAUUAUUGAUAUGCGUGCUGCGAAGCGGAUAAUAUCUGCAAUUAAAUACUGAUAAAAUUCAAACCUUCGACAGGUUUCGGACAUCACGUCCUCCAUAAGACGUGUUACAAGGCAAUGAAAAAAAAACAAUUUCUUUAUAAGUGACCUUGGUAGCUAAAUUGGUAAAGCGAUGGCCAGGAUUCGCAGGUUCGAAUCCUGACGUAAGUUAGAUUUUUUUCGUUGUGUUUCAUUGCAAAUAAAAUUGCAAAAUUUAUUUUUAACUUACGUACUGAACUAUUCAUUACGAAUUAUAUUUUGAUUUAUCGUUUAAUUUUCUUCAGUUCAUUUUAUGUCUUAAUAACUUUUAAACACGUUUAAGUGUGUGUUAAGUUUAUUAAGCUGUAAAUCUCGGAAUCAAAGCAUAUAAUAGUAAUUGUUGCUUUUCAAUUAAAAUGAUCCGACAUCAAUUGAUAUAAAUGAGUAAUAUAAUCUAAGUUAGGUUUUUACAUAAUUAGCACCAAUCAGAUAUACAUAGAUUUUUUGUAAGUUGAUUUUUCUUUGGUUCUGAUUUUAAAACACCAUAUUUAUUUAAAGCUAAGAAAUAGAGACACUAGUCCAAUAGGAGAUAUUAUAAAUUGUAAUAUUUAUAUUGUUACGUUAUAAAAUAUUUAUUAUAAAUAUAAUAUAUGUUCCCGUUUGAUUGACCUAUAAGGGCGGCCUAAAGGAAGCAAAUAUAUAAAUAUAUAUAUGCAUAUUGUUACAAAAAUUCUUUGAUUAUUCUUGUUGACAAAUGUUGGUUAUUAAAAAUCAGAACCAAAUUAUUAUAUAAUUUUUUGUUGAACUUACAAUAGCUAUAAUUAAAUUAGGGUAAUGAAUAAUCCUAUAAAUUAAUCGUUCGUAAUAUUAUACAAAAACACCAACUAGUAUAUUUAGAUAUACGACAGAUUUAGUGUAGAAAUUAAAUAUUUCCUGCAUUAUAUUUAUUAAUAAUAUCUUACCCAUCUUAUUAAAACUUUUCCUAAAAAUUUUCAUAAACAGUGUUUUAAAUACUUUCUAUAUUCCCUAGUAUUUGUAACUACCUCGUCAUAUUUACACGUCACAUUUGCCUACAGUUGACUUAUAGUAACUGCCACUAAAAUUUGCUUUUAAUAAUAAUGCUUGAUAUUCUUUUUUUAUUCCACCUCACUGCGCUCAAUAUGAUCUUGCAAAACUUCUUAAAGGAAUAUUUGUAUAAGUUGUGGAAAGGGACACAGCUAUAUGCCGUGUAUUAUGUCUCAUUCUCACAACUGAAAUAACAUUACUUUAAGAUUAACUUUGUGGGAGCGAGAUAACUAUACAAAUUGUAAUGCGCUAUCUUGCUUUUGCAACGAACAGUUUAUGAGUAUUUUCAUAGUACAGACACAGAUUUUGUUUCGUAUUAACUUGCUGUCACUUUUCUUUUAGAUAGAAUACAUCUUUCAAAAUCCAAGACGCACAAUAAUAUUAUGAAAAAUGGCAUUUUAAUAGAAAUAGGUAUUUACAUUUUCGGUCUUUACCUAACAGUAGCCUAUUAAAUUGUCCCCAUUAUGAAGAAUUUUAAAAAGUCUAGUCACUAAGGUUAAUUGCUUUAGUCUGUUUUAUCUAGGACGUAAAUGUUCACAAAAGUGUUUGUUACAAUAUUUUGUCAUUUAAAUUCCUACUCCUACUGAUUAGAAUAUAAUUUAUACCUUUCGAAGAUUUAAAUGUAUUUAAGGUACCUAUCGAACACUUUUGCGAGUAAGUCCCAAUUUUAGCUAAAUUUCAAAGUUAAACUAUUUAUUUAAGUAAAAAUAAGAAUUGACCAAAAUGUUGUUUAAGAAACGUAGAAUUUGUAAAUAAUAAGCGAAAAAUCAGUAAGACAUUAUGUAUAGAGUAAUGUAAAUUGUAUUUGCGAAUUUUAAUGUAAAUAAAGUUAUAAAAAAAAAUAUUUAAAAAUACGGUUCCAGUAAAAUUAUUUUUAAAUAAUACGUUCAAUUGUAUAAUGAAAUUUUAAGUUGUAUGCCAACGGAAUGUUCUAAGCGGUGCGUAAACAAAAGAUAUGAAACUUUUGUGAUCAAUGUUGAUGAAAUGAAAGUGUAACUUCGAUUAUAUGAGCUGUAGUAUUUUUUAA